AAAAAAAAAAUACCCAAACCGGAGGCCCAGACCCGGUGGCUACCCGGGCCAGUCCUGGGUCCACCAAUCCUGAACCGCCGGCCAGCUCGGGCCUAGGCCCGACCCAGAUCCGACCAGGCCCGAAUCCACCCCUAGUUACCAUAUCACAAAUGUACUCCGUAUCACAAGCCAUGUAUCCUUUCGCAAAGUUAUUGCCCCUGUUUGUUUUUCGGAGGUUCGGCCCUUAUACGCUGCUUUUAGCAGUGUUUGUAGUUAAAAAACAAGGGAAAUUUUCACAAAUAACCUAAAAUUGAAAAUAAUUUCAUUUUUUACCAUCUUAGAUUCAUAUUUCAAAAAUAAGCUAAGUAGUUUACUAUUUUCAAAAAGGUUCAUAUAUAAAUAUACCCAAUUUAGAAACUCAUAGCAAGUCCUCGUCUCCAGCGCGCUAAAUUCGGAACCGAUCACGUUUUUCUAAGCUGCGAAGAAAUCCAACGAUCUCAGCUCUUCUUACCAGGUAAUUACAAAGUUCAAUUAGUCAUCUCCAAUUCUACCGAUAAAACAAGGUCCGAUUAUUAGCUAUAUGAUCAUAAAUUAUGAAGCUAGAAUUCGUUUAGUGAUUCAUCGGUUAGUAAGAUUUGUUUCUUGUUUUGAAUAAUUGUAAGUUUUGUUUCUGAUGAAUGAUUUCUUCUGUUGUUUACAAAAUAAACUGAUGAAUUCAAUAAAUGUUGUUUUUGUUUGUGGACAUUGCAAUACUCUGUACACUUAUUUGUAGUUCAUUAAGAACGAACGAUGUUUAUUAUUAAUAAUAACAGGAAACAUGGAAACAAUUCCUAUUUUUGUUCAUCACGAUGGUCAUUGGAAUGAAGGAAUGGAGUAUGUGAACUUCAAUGUGUUUGAAAUUACUUUAGCUACAAACAGUUCUUAUCCUGAGUUGAUUGCAAAGACAGGAGACAGGAUUAGAAUAGAAAGACAAUCAUCUACAUUGAUAAUUCAAUACAAAGUCAGAGAGAAUUAUUCACCAUUGAUGAUAGAAGAUAACUCAGCUCUAUUGUUUUAUUUACACCUUAAGAAACAAGAGAUAGAUGUGACCAAAUUCCCUCUCUGCAUAUAUAAACCUUGCUGAUGUACAUGAGGAAACAACUUGCAACAUGUUUCAUGGGGGAUAUCAACAAGAAAAAACAAGUAGCCUGCAAGCAGUGACAAUGUCUGAAGAUAGCUCAAAAAUCAGUGAAGAGUUGGACAUUAAUGGUUUUAUAUUAGCUCGGGCAAAUAAAACAACUUAAGCACUACUGCAACAAAAAUGUGUGGAGUUAACAUCAACAAAUUGCGUUAACAGUGACGUUCAUCCUGAAGCAGGACUGAUUUACAUCAACAGGGAUGAGUUCAAGAGAGCACUUAAGAUGUAUGCUAUCAAAAAUCACUCCCAGUACAAGGCACAUAAGACAAAUAAGAAGUAUUUUGCAGCAAAAUGCUUGCACGAAAAUUGCAGCUGGGAAAUAAGAUCAAAGCAAACUGGAACCUUGGGAAGGUUCAUUGUUGUGAAGUUUAUACAAACACAUUCUUGUAGAUUGGAAGUGAGAUUAACAGAUCAAAGACAUGCAACAUCUAGUUUGGUAGCAGACUGUAUUAAGUCUAAACUAGUGGAUCCAAAAACAUCAUAUAAUGCAAUGGAUGUACAGAGAGAUAUGUUAGAGGAGUAUGACAUUGAAAUAAGCUACUUAAAAGCGUGGAGAGCAAAAGAAAAGGCAUUGAUUAAGCUAAGAGGAAAACCAGAAGAGUCCUACAGGUUUCUGCAACAAUUCAUGAGUAUGGUGAAACAAACAAAUCCUGGAUCUUUUCUGGAAAUCAAAGUUAAUGAAGACAAUACUUUUUUAUAUGCAUUCAUGGCAAUCAAUGCAUCAAUUCAGGGAUGGAAGUUCUGCAGACCGGUUAUGGUAGUUGAUGGCACAUUCCUGACUGGGAGAUAUGGGGGCACACUGUUAACAGCAUCAACACAAGAUGCAUGUGGGAAAAUAUUUCCACUUGCAUUCUGUGUUGUUGAUUCUGAAAAUAAUGAAUCAUGGAGAUGGUUUUUCUUAAAUAUUAAAGAAGCUUUUGGUUAUAGGAAUGAAAUGGUAAUUGUUUCUGAUAGGCAUGAGAGCAUUGCUAAAGGUGUGAUAGAAGUAUAUCCCGAAUGUGAACAUGGGGUAUGCAUUUACCAUUUGUUUAACAACCUAAAGACAAGGUUCAAAAGAAAAACAAAAAAAAUGAAAGACAGUUAUUUUGAAGCAGCAAAAGCUUAUACAAGAGAGGAGUUUGACUGCCAUAUUAAGGAACUGGAGAAGAUUGAUGAGGAAAUAGUGUCAUAUAUGUACACAGUUGGGUAUGAAAAAUGGGCUAGAGUGUUCUCAAUCUCCAAAAGGUACUCAACCAUGACUUCAAACAUAGCAGAAUCACUAAAUGUUGUACUGAAGAAGAUAAAAAAUCUGCCAAUAACUGCUUUGCUAAAGUUCUUGCACACAUUGGUACAAAUAUGGACACAUGUAAACCGAAAUGGUGCAAGAAAUACAUUCACACAACUUGCAAGAGUUCCACAUGAAACUCUAGAACAGAAUUACAUGAAAUGCAUGAAACUGAAGGUGAUUCCUUCUACUGAGGUGAUAUUCAGUGUCUAUGAUAUGAACAUAAUCUUCAUUGUUAAUCUAGAGGACAAAACAUGCACUUGUAGGAGGUUUCAAAUGGAUGAAUUGCCUUGUACGCACGCACUGGCAGUACUAAAAAAGAUAAAUCAAGAGCCGUACAGAUUUUGCUCAUUUUACUACACAAAGGAAACAUUGCUACAAACUUAUAGUGAGACAGUGCAUCCUAUUCCAGAUCAAAAAACAUGGCAAAUGCAGAUUUCUGAGCCAAUCUUGCAGGUUUAUCCACCACAUGCAAGGAAAAAGGCAUGAAGGCCGAAAAAGCAGAGAUAUAAAGCACACUGGGAGACUACAACAAAAAACAAAUGUGGGAAGUGUGGAAACAAAGGACACAAUAGAAAGACAUGCAGGAAUGCACCCCAAACGUAGAAACCUUAGCUAGUUUGAGAAGUGUUUUUGCUAUUUUUAUCUAUCAUUUCUGUUGAAUGUCAAUUCAAAUGUGCAUGAACACUAGUAGCUGUGAAUUCUAUAUGACUGUGUGUGUAUUUAAA